AUGGCGAGUCACAGCACUUCGACCCUGCCUAGUAACAGCAGCGCUACCAUCACCGCGCCGGACGGGACGUCAGAGUCUCUCGCCGCCGCUCUUUUCGCAUUGGACGACCUCCCUUCGCCGCUCGCUUCGCUGCACGCCACGCUCCCGCCGCCGCCGGCUGCGCCUGCUUCUCGGAGUUCACUCCCCGAGGAGUCAAGAGCCCGCUUCGGCUGGUCCCCAGCCGGCCCUCGCGGGUUUCCCGACGAGGGGUUCGCGCUACUGCACGCCGAACCUCACGCCGAACCGCUGAACGAGCGUCUUGCCGAGCCUCGGAUGACCGCUGUGGGCGGAACGGAGCCGGCUGGUGAAGCGGCCGCGCCGGCGGGGCUGGGAUUGCUGACAGGGCUGACAGGGCCUGCUGAAGCUGCUGCAGCUGUGAUGCAAGGAGCGGACGGUGAGCCCAUCUCGGCGCCUGCAGCACGCUCUCCGCAGCUGCAAGAGGCUGCAGGAGCAGCUAAGGCAAGGAAAGAGGAGGUGGCUUUUGACGCGACUCAAAAGUCGGUAGCAGUAGCAGCUGCAGUCGCAGCAGCAGCUGUAGCAGAGGCAAGGAGGGAGGAGGCGAGGAGGGCGCAGGCUGUGCUGUCGAGCCGUGUGAUGGCGACUCUGCAGAUGGGAGCAGGCAGCGAGGACGAGAGGCGGCAGCUGCUGGCCCUCCUGCUGGCGCUGAAGCAGGUGGAGGAGCAGCAGGAGCAGCAGGCGCAGCAGCAGACGCAGCAGAAGCUGAGGCAGAACGCACGGAAGAGACAGAGGCGGCAGAGGGCGAUGGGAGGUCAAGAGAUGUUAGGGAACCCUAUAUCGCCGCAAGUGCAGCAGCAGGAGCAGCAGCGGCAGCCUGAGCAGCAGGAGCAGGAAGGAAGGAAUGAGGAGCACCGGUUCUUACCUGGCUCGCCUUUUCUCGCGGGAGCAAGUCCUGACCUCCACGGUGUAGGUGUAAUGGGACGCAUGGACGGGCGGGGAGGGGAGAGGAGCGGCAGUGGUGGCAGCAGUGGUGGUGGCAGCGGUAUCGCCAGUGGUAUUGGCAACGGUGUUCGGAACGACCCAGAUUUUUCACUGCGUGGUGUUGGGAAUGACGUCGAUUUUUCACUGCGUGGUGUUGACAAGAGCCUCACCAGUGCUCUGAGUAAUGAGAUUCGUUUUAACGCAAUGCGUGCGCAUGGCAUCAACAGUGGCGUUUUCAGCGGCGCUGCUGUGAACGUUGCGGGUGCGAAUGUUGGCGACGGUGGGAGGAAGAGGAGAAGCCCCGAGGCCCCGGAUGACCGCGCUACAGCCGCUCUCCAGUGGCAGCACGGCAGGCCGACCCCCGGCAACGGCUGCUACAGCCGCAGUGUGCUCGGACAUGCGAAUCAGAGUGGUGUACUGGAUGGCAUGCUCUUGAGGGAUGCAGACGCAGCGCCAGAGGGGGCAGCACCGGCACACUCUACUUUCGCUCUCGAGGCAGCGUUGGCUUGGCGGGCACAGGUACGGGAGGUGAACGCUCGGCACGCACAGGCUCGGGCGGUGCAGGUUCGGCAGGCACAGGCAUGGGUGGUGCAGGCUCGGCAGGCGGUCCAGCAACUAGCAGCAGUGGGCAAGUGGGUGGGGAAGAAGGCACAGAAGGCAUGCGAGGCAUGCAAGGCAUGGAAGAAAUGGAGGGCACGGGUCAGUGGCAGUCUGAUGAAGACCUUGGGGAAGCGGCGCUUGCACAACAGCCAGAGUGGGGCUCAGAUGGCCUAG